GGAGUGGUCCAAAUCGUACUUAAAUGAGAGAUCCCAAAGAGAAUUUGAAGGUGGUGAGCUCUCUAAAGACAUGGAUGUUAAAUGUGGCGUGCCUCAAGGUAAUGUUUUGGGCCCCCUGCUCUUCUUGCUUUAUAUAAAUUAAAUGCUAAAUGCACCUAAAAUUUUCAAUUUUCAUCUAUUUGCUGAUGAUACCUAUUUGCUGUAUUCGCAUUAUAACUUUAACAUUUUAGAAGAAGCAUUAUGUAACGAAUUAAAUAACAUUGCUGACUGGCUUGCUGCUAAUAUGUUAACCCUAAACACAAGUAAAUCUCAGCUCUAUCAAGCCACGUCAUAAGAAGGAACCUAAAACCCUUAAUAUAUCUAAUAAUGGUGAACAGUUAAAAGAGUCAGACUAUGUAAAAUACCGAUGUUACAUUUUUUUCCUCUGAUGAAGCCCCACAUGCCGGGGCGAAAUAUUAGCCUUUACUGAUUUACGUGUAUUUAUUGUUGUUUAUUCUCGGCGUAAUGCGGUGUUUCAUAUUUGCUACAUUUUUAUCGACUUUUCGCCGCAAGAACUCCUUGGAGCCCUUCGAGCAGCCUGCUACAGUGACCUUUUCUUCAUUUACACAUAAGUUAAAUACCUCGGAGAUCUGAUAGACAAGAAUCUCACCUGGACACCACAUAUCCAAAAUGUUAACAUAAAAAUUUUCAAAAGCCUUGGUAUUUUAGCCAAAUUAAUACAUUUUCUACCCAAGGAUAUAUUACUUAGUAUUUAUAACUCUUUUUAUUUCCCCAUACAUAAAUUAUGGUCUGAUAAACUGGGGGGAGCAUACUCUAAUAGUCUGGACCCUUUGAGGAAAAAGCUAAAACACGCAAUGCGAUUAAUUCUUUUCAAAAAUAGUACAUGUCUUGGUAAACCUCUCUUCAAGUCAUUAGGCCUCCUAAAUUUUGAACAUAUGUACAAACUUGAAUGUGCUAAAUUUAUGUUUGAAGUUUCAAGAGGGAACGUUGAUAGCUACAUUUGUGACUUCUUUCAUCUUACUACCUAGUGUCAUAACAUUAGAACCCGACAGGCUACUAGCGGUAACUUUUUUCCAGCCUCAAAUUAGAACAAACUACAAAUAUUUAUUCAUAACAAAUCCUGGUAUAAAAAUUUGGAAUAAUAUACCAAGUAACAUAAAAAUUGCUGCUUCCAAAAAAACCUUUUCACGUCUUUUUAAACAAUUGUUACUUCAAGAAUACACCUAAAAAUACAAGAUGAUCCUCAACCCCUUUUCCCCUUUUUUUAUUUACAAUGGUUUUAGUUUGUUCUCAUCUUCUUAAUGUUCAUCUUUAUUUUGAUCUUUAUCAUAAAAUAUUUUCUUAAAUUUUAGCAAUGAAUGCAUGUAUAUUAACUGCUCUUGAUCUUUUACACGUCACAGGGGGCAUAUGGCCCGAAAGCUCUAUCAGAGCUCUUUCCAUAUGUCCUUCAGCAAUAUUCUGGUAAAUUGAUGUAUUGUUAUUUUGAUACUGUAUUUAGUUAAUUAUUGUUGAAAAUAUACAUGAAUUGAAUUGAAUUGGAAUGAAAUUAAAAUGCCCUGGACUAUAUGGAAUAAAAUCUGACACCAUUAUCCCCAUUUUACCUAAUAACUCAUUCCAAUUGGCUGACAAGAUGUUAAUUAACCUUAUCCAAACUAAGGCGUUACAAUGGCUGUCUAAUUAUUCUGGUCCUCAGGUAUUUACAGUUUCGACAAUUGUCAUUGAGGCAAUGUUUAAAUGUCCUGGACCAUAUGGAAUAAAAUUUAACACUGUGAUUCUCAUUUUACCUAACAAUUCAUUCCAAUGUGAUGAAAAGAUGUUAAUUUACGUUAUCCAAAUUAUUGCAAAUCGUCCUUCCGGUAGGCCUUUCAGUGUAGGCCUACGAAAAAUAGGCGUUACAAUGGCGGUCCAAUUAUUCUGCGGCCGUACCCACCUAGCCCGAUGUAAGCAGCAGCCUCAGAAUGUGGAAAUAACAUUCAGUGUAAUUUCAGACAGAAUUGACAAUUAACACCUAGUGUUAUUCUCAGGUACGAGGCCAUAUUGCACUAUUUCCGGCAAAAUCUAGAUGCAACACAUCCUGAAGAUGCAACACCAUCUAUUCCUGUCCUGCAAAAGCAAAGAAAUAUCUCUUAGCUAAUUUCUUGCACAUUCAUCUCUUUUUAUGUACCUCUUAUGAGAAUACGUUGCAAGUUCAGAAUAACAAAAGCAAUGUUUUAACUCACUCACUUGUGCAUGUCGCACUGUCGCGCGAAGAGGGUAGGGAAAAAAGUAAAUGGUUUAAUUCAUGCCUGCUGCACAGUCGAUGGACCAGUUGCUCUGAGCCUUAAGGCCUUUAUUGAUAAGCAGAUGGCUAUGGAGCUGUUUAUUCCUUUGUUUUCAUGCACAGGUAAAUGUUCCUGCUUUAGUUGAUCCCAGUGAAAUUUGAGAAUUCAGUGUAGUCGAAAGGUCAACGGGUGGCCUUCACUCUGUAGUGGAAAAUCUCAAGGAUUGUGUCCAAAUCAACCUGCAGUAAAAUCAAGAUGAACUUUUAACUAUUGCAAACAGGUUUUGCACAUUUCAGGAACACAGCAACAAUGUUUCUAAUGAAAACAUUGACUCUUUUAACUGCCUUCUGCAUGACAAUCGGCAAUGAACACUCUCUUCAUCAUCUGGAUCCGAUCGUGAUAUCAGAGCAAGCUGACAGAAGAUCUGGCAUAGUCAAAAGAGCUAUCAUGAUCGGAAACAAAGUUUGUGGAAAUGGCAUUAUUAAAAACAAAGACGGCAGCCUUGGAGAGAAGAGGGAAACUAUAGACUUGAAUUCUUUCCACAAAGAUCUGCAUCCAGAACGUUUGAAGGAUGAAGUGAAUAAACCUAACAGGGUGAUAGAAGAUCAAAACAAUGGCCCAGCUGUUGUGGUGAGCAAACAAAGCAAAAAAGAUGGAUGGUUUGAGAGACUAAAUAGGUGUUGCAUUGAUCACGAAAAUUGUGACCGAUCGAUUCCUGCCAAAAAGGAGCAGUACGGGUUCAAAAAUGAGAGAGAAUAUACGGUGUACGAUUGUAAAUGUGACGAUGCAUUUGCAGAAUGCUUAAAGUACGCUGACAGCCACACAGCAGAUGCCGUGGGCGAUUUGUACUUCAAUGUCUUGAAGAUGCCGUGUAUUAACUUUGAGAAAGGAAGUAACUCUACAAGCAAUGAAGAUCAAUCUGUCAUAGAGAAAGUUGAUCGGUUAAUUGCUCAGCGUUUAAAGGAAAAGGAAGGCGAUUCAAGGAAAGAAAAAAGCAUCGAUAAAGCAAGCUAAGAAAUGGCGGGUUCUCUGCAUAAUAUGAAAAUUUUAUAAAAAAACACAUAUAGACAGAAAACAAAGUAGUUAAAAAAAAGAAUGAAGGAGAGUAGCUUAGACUAACGCCCGUGUUGCAUGUAAAUAUAGACAUACAAAAAAGUGAAAUGGAAGCCCCAAAAAUGUAAACUAGAGCUAUUUCAGCUUAUCAAGCUAUCAUUCGGCAUAAAAGCUGGCGUAUUUAGGUUUUUCGGCUCUCAGGAUUAGCUUGUUAUUCUAUAAUAAUAAUAAUAAUAAUAAUAAAUAAUUUGUUUAAAGUUGGCGUACUAAAUGAAAGGCUGAUAGCUAUAAAGAAGCUAAUUAAGGCCAACUAUCUAUAAAGAGUUAGUAUGAAAUAAAAAUAUAUGAUACAAUAAUAAAAAGGUUUAAGGUAUUAUGUUCUAAAUAAAACCUAGCCCAGCAAUAAAUUUUUUACACAAUCUACAGUCGCAUUCUAUAGGGUGUGAUCUUAAUUCUUUUUUAAAUGUUGCCAAUGAUUGGGACUCUCUUAUACUGUGAGGUAGUGUUUGCCACAGUUUUUGACCUAAAUAUCUCACAGUUUCUAUACCAUAAGAAGUUGUCCUGGCUUUUGGAAUGCAAA